CGUAAUAAUAACUAAGUUAGUUAGCACUUCAAUCUGAAGGAGAAUUAAACUGUUCAAUCUGUUUUUCCUUCAAAAAAAUUUCCCCAACCAUAAAAACAAAAAAGAAAUCUUUCUUCCCCUGUUUUCAUACUGAUUUCUUAGCUAUCAAUUUUCUUUUUCUUUUGUUUUUGGCAUGGUGAAGAUUCGGAGUUGGUGUAAUUGAUCUAGACUAAAUAAUCUCUUGACCAUGGCUGAAACCCACCAUGCCCUGUUGCUGCCAGAGGCAGAUGCAGUUAGUCUAAGAGAAGCACUCCACGGGCAGCAGCAGAUCCUGCAGAAGCUGUACCGCGAACUGGACGUGGAAAGGGAAGCUGCUGCAACUGCAGCUAGUGAAGCCAUGUCCAUGAUCCUGCGCCUGCAAGGAGAGAAGGAUGCAUUGAAGAUGGAAGCCAACCAAUACAAGAGAAUGGCCGAGGAAAAAAUGUGCCACGCGGAGGAGACGCUGGAACUCUGCGACGAUCUGAUGUACCAGAAAGAGAUGGAGAUUGCAUCCCUCGAGUUCCAGCUUCAGUCUUACAGGAACAGGUUUGUCAGCAUGGGACCUAACGAUGCUCCAGACCUCGAUCUUUCGCCCCACAAAAGCGACACUCUGAAAGGGGAAAAGGGUGGUGGUGUCAGGAGGCUCAACUCGUUGCCUCAGCUUGCAUUGAUGGAUACUAUCCAUAAGAGAGUAGGGUUUGACAGGAAACAAGUUGCCUCACCUAGCACAGCUACUAUCGACGAGGAAUCUGAAUUUCAAGAGAUUCAUGAGUUGGAGAAGAAGUUCGUGGCGGGUCAUACUGCUGGAGACUUAAAUUCGUACUGGGAACAUAUCAAGAAAUUGGACGAAUGACUGAAAGAGAAGUCGGAUGGAAGCAGCAAAGAUCAUACUAGCAAACACAAGUCUGCACUUUGGAGAGGUGGGACUUGGUCUCAUUCGUCAUACUCACAACUUACUGAAGGAAACAACGGUAAUAGUGGUGGCGAGAACUCACAUGCACCUUCCAAUAAUUGUAUGGCUGACAAUCUCGAGAGUCAAAAAAGCCUUGUGAACAUCAGAAGAAAGAUAGUCGAAAACAUCAUGUGGAAGGUAGUAAUGAGUUUCAUAAACAAGACAUAUCAUCAGGAGAGCAAGUGAAGGUAGUGUCGCAUUGUUCUUCAAGCAACGAGAAGAAGAAAGCACCCAAAGACGCACCACUUGUUGACCAUGGACAUGGUGGUUUGCCUCUGUUAUUCAGCUAUGAGACCAGAUUCAUAUCCUCAACAGAAUGGAUUGAAUGAAAGAGACUAGACUUU